CGCAGAGCUGCAACUCGGUGUGUUCUCGUGUCUCUGUUGGAAAAAAUGCCUUUCACCCGCUCCAAGAAACUGGCAGCCCAGCCUCUGCCCACCAGGAUGAGUCUGAGGAGCUACCGCAGCAUCCCGCUGGUUCCCAUGGAAACCUUGUCCUCCUCUUCUUCUGAUGACAGCUGUGACAGCUUCGGCUCUGACGGAGGCUUUGCUAAUACGAAGAGCAUCUUGAGUCGGACAAGGAGCGCGGCUGAAAAACCGAAGAUGUUUGUGGCUGCGUCAGAGGACUCGUGCAGCGGGUCUGAGGAGAGUGAGAUCAGCAGUCAGAUAAAAGCUAUGAAAGUAAACGUUGAACCUCCAAGACGUGGUCGCAGGCCGAAUGUCCUGAAAGUUGCUUUGAAGUUUCCCUCAAAGAAGACGGACAGGAAGAGACCUGCGUCUGAACCACUCCCUCAGCCUGAAGUGCAGGACUCGGACUCUGAGGAGGAGAACUCUUUGAGCAAGAGAGCUCUGAAUAUUAAGGAAAACAAAGAAAUGCUGGCAAAGCUCAUGGCAGAGCUGAACAAAGUGCCUGGGCUCUUCCCAGGAAGACGGAUGGCCACGCCAAGAGCGACACCUCAGCGGUCUGUGAGAACACCAACAACUCUCAGGAGAAACCCAGAGCGCACGUCUCGGCCCCACACUCGUUCUCGAUCUCUGGUAGAUGGACCGCCCAGCCCACCUCCCGAGGAAGGGCCCGAGGAUAAGUUCAACCUGGUCCGUAAAAGUCCCUACUACGAGGAAGUUGACGAACCUCCGCGUCGUCGUUGCUUCCCUGGCACCAAGGCCAUCCCUCACGUGGUGCGACCUGUGGAGGACAUCACCGAGCGGGAGCUGCAGAAGAUCUGCCAUAACGUUCGCGAGAAAGUCUACAACACCUACACUGGAUCCACUUGCCACCAGUGCAGACAGAAGACCACCGACACCAAAACCAACUGUCGUAACCCAGAGUGCUUAGGGGUGAGGGGGCAGUUCUGCGGCCCGUGUCUUCGCAACCGCUACGGAGAAGAAGUCAAGGAUGCUCUGCUGAACCCAGAGUGGUGGUGCCCACCUUGCAGGGGGAUCUGCAACUGCAGCUUCUGUCGGGCCAGAGAGGGCCGCUGCGCCACAGGAGUUCUGGUCUACCUGGCUAAGUACCACGGCUAUGACAACGUGCACGCCUACCUGAAAAACUUGAAACGAGAAAUGGAAGAAGAGAGGAAAGACUGAAGAAGCUGCUGCUACGUUCUUCCUGCCCAGCUUGAACACACCC